CAUGGCGAUGAAUGAUGAUGCUGCCUUUGCUUUGCCUUCUCUCUCUCUCUCUCUCUCUCUCUCACACACACACACACACACACACGCUAUUUUCCCUCCCUUUUUUGCAUCUCUCAAAGACACACUUUCUUAUUCCCAUGCGCUCUCUAAAGUGAUCAACGCCCAUGAAAAAAGAAAGGAAAGAAGUGUUUUUUGUUUUUUUGUUUUGUUUCUAGAUAGAGAAAAUAUGGAUAACAACAACUGUGGGUGUUGGGCUAUUCUGAGGUGCAGUACUGUAAUAAGAAGCGCCUGUAAUAAUUCCGAUGCAAGAAACUCAUCCGCCACCAUUCCGAGGAGUAGUCUUGUUUAUGAUGCUGCUGCCACCGAGACACGGUAUCUGAAUGCAAGCAACCGUGAAAUGUGCGGUCCAGAUGAAUCCCGAAACUCAUCUGACGACCCCAAUUCACAUCCGCAACACCAACUUCUUCAAUUUAGUUUCCACGAGCUAAAAUCCGCCACAGGGAAUUUUCGGCCCGAUAGCAUUCUUGGCGAGGGCGGUUUCGGAUUUGUGUUCAAAGGGUGGAUAGAGGAGAACGGAACGGGCCCCGCAAAGCCCGGUUCUGGAAUCACGGUUGCUGUUAAGAGCUUGAAGCCCGACGGGCUCCAAGGCCAUAGAGAAUGGGUGGCAGAGGUAGAUUUUCUAGGACAGCUUCAUCAUCCAAACCUCGUUAAGCUUAUCGGAUAUUGCAUCGAAGACGAUCAAAGGCUGCUUGUUUACGAAUUCAUGACUCGUGGAAGCCUCGAAAAUCAUCUCUUUAGGAGGACGAUACCUCUUCCCUGGUCCAAUAGACUCAAGAUUGCACUCGGAGCAGCAAAAGGCUUAGCUUUCCUCCAUAGUGGCCCCGAGCCUGUCAUUUAUCGGGACUUCAAAACAUCGAACAUUUUGCUCGAUUCGGAGUAUAACGCAAAGCUUUCUGAUUUUGGUUUGGCGAAAGCCGGUCCACAAGGAGACAAAACGCACGUUUCUACGAGAGUUGUUGGUACAUACGGCUACGCAGCUCCCGAAUACGUAAUGACAGGUCACUUGACUUCAAAGAGCGACGUGUACAGCUUCGGAGUCGUACUUCUAGAGAUUCUAACGGGUAGAAGGUCGAUGGACAAGAAACGCCCUAGCGGAGAGCAAAAUCUCGUGACGUGGGCAAGGGCGUAUUUGUCCGACAAACGAAAGAUUUACCAGAUAGUGGACCCACGCCUCGAGCUGAACUACUCAAUCAAAGGCGUGCAGAAGGUGUCUCAAUUAGCCUGCAGUUGCCUGAGCAGAGAUACUAAAUCACGCCCCUCGAUGGAUGAAGUUGUUAAGGUUCUUACGUCGCUGCAAGAACUGAACGACCUCGCGAUAUUGUCGUGUCACACUCGGUUUUCUCAGGCGGGCAGGCGAAAGAAGAAACUCGAUUCUCCAUUCAUAUCUGGCAAACAUCGUUGUAAAUAACGGAACUGCCGUUUUCGUAGAUUGUUCUGUAAUAUUGCUUGUUGGUUCUAACACUAUUGUAUGUUUUAUUUUGUGUGUUUUUUUAUGAAUGUUUGAAACUUUAAAUUUUAAUAUUAUAUUAAAUUUA